AUGCAUACCGCUGCUCUCUUCCUUGCCCUCUCCCUCUCCGCCCAUGCGGUGCCUGUCCUCAACGCUCGUGGAAAUGACACCCUCGAACGUAGAGAAGAAGGUCCCUACAAAGUCGUGAAUGUUGCGGGUCCUACUACUCCCGUUGUCGAGACCAUCACUGCGACCAACCCUCCGGCACCGCCUACCACUAUUACUGUCACUGAGUACCCUUCGUCCACACCAGCUUCCGUGCCUGGCGCUUCUCCCUCACCCUGGAAUGCCGGGCCUAACGUGGGUGGUGCUCCGCUGGAUCGCCGCGACACCAACAGCAGCGCAAGCGCACUGAGCCGACGUGCGAUGUUUGAGGAUGCUCCUACCAACAGCACCUUGAGCCGACGUGUGACAUAUGAGGUGGAUGCCUCUACCAACAAGACUGCCAGCCGACGUGGAAUCCUCGAGGAUGCUAGUAACAGCACCCUCAGCCGGCGUAUUCUCAUGAAGGAUGUUGAUGCUACCAACAACACUGCGAGCCGACGUGCGAUGUUCGAGGAGGAUGCCCCUACCAACAGCACCCUGAGCCGACGCACUAUGUUUGAGGAGAGUGCCCCUACCAAUAACACUGCGAGCCGACGUGCGAUGUUCGAGGAAGUUGCCCCUACCAACAGCACCGAAAAGCAUGUAAUUGCCGCUCGCAGCAACACCACUUCCGAAGUUUUGGCUCGUAGCCUGAAUGAGACAGCCGUGCAGACUCGGCAGCUCAAGGAUGCCCUUGUUUCCGAGCACCACAAUGCCAGCGAUGUUAGUGGCAAGUUCGGGAUUAUGGCCCGGGAUACUCAGAAGCCCGAGAAUGCCACUGAUAUUGGCAGCAAGGUUGCAGUUCACGCCCGGAACGAUACAGUUUUGCAGGCCCGGGCAUUCAAUGACACCCCCUCUGACACCGCCGUCAUGUCUUCCAGGCCCCACGCCAGGGGCCUGAACCACACAGACUCUCAGGCGUAG